CAAGAGAUCCAAGGCGUGGGACAACCUGAUGAAGACCCAGACGGCCAGGUGCAUGGACUGCGGCACCCCGACGUGCCACAGCCCGAACCAGGGCGGCGGUGGGUGCCCGCUGGGCAACCGCAUCCCCACCUGGAACCAGCUGGUGCACGAGGGCGAGUGGAAGCGCGCGCUGGAGCGGCUGCUCGACACCAACAACUUCCCGGAGUUCACCGGCACCACCUGCCCUGCUCCCUGCGAGGAGGCCUGCGUCCUUGGCAUCAACGAGAAGCCGGUGGCGAUCAAGUCCACCGAGCUGGCCAUCAUCGAGAACGGCUUCGCCAGGGGCUGGAUCAAGCCACAGCCUCCCCAGGUGCGCACCCGCAAGCGCAUCGCAAUCAUCGGUUCUGGGCCCGCCGGCCUCGCCGCUGCGCAGCAGCUCAACCGCGCGGGCCACAUGGUGCAGGUCAUCGAGCGGGCCGACCGCGGGGGAGGCUUGCUGAUGUACGGCAUCCCCUCCAUGAAGCUGGACAAGCAGGGGAAGGUCCAGCGCCGCCUGGACCUCCUCGCGCAGGAGGGCAUCGUGUUCAAGUACAACACCGAGGUCGGCAAGGACGUCACGCUGGCGGAGCUGUGCGCACAGAACGACGGUGUGAUCCUCGCGACAGGCUCGACGCAGUGGCGCGACAUGCGGGACACCACUGGGCGCCACCUGAAGAACAUCGUCCAGGCCAUGGAGUUCCUGUCGAUCACGCAGAAGGCCCAUCUGGACGCAGAGGCGGGCGCCCCAGGGAGGGAGAGCCAGCCGUUCAACGUGGAGAACAAGUCUGUCAUCGUGAUCGGUGGCGGCGACACUGCGGUGGACUGCGUGGCCACAGCGGUACGCCUUGGCGCGAAGAGCGUGAUGCAGUUCUCCCGCCGCGACGAGGCGCCCAAGUCAAGGCCCGCGCACACGCCCUGGCCGUGCUGGGCGGACACGUACCGCGUGGACUACGCGCACUCUGAGGUGAAGGCGAUGCACGGCUCCGACCCGCGGGAAUACCUUGUCAGCACCAAGCACUUCAAGGCGUCGGACAGCAAUCCUGCUGCUGUGGGUGCCGUGGUUGCCGCGAAGCAGGGUCCAGAAAGCAGCGAGGUCGUGGAGUACAAGGCAGACCUCGUCAUCCUCGCCAUGGGCUUCACCGGGCCAGACAAGGCAGUCGACCCCCACGGGAUGGUCGUGCGCGAUGCUCAUUCCAACUUCAAGGCCGCAUACGGGGAGUACCAGGCGGAGGGGUCCCCGUGGAAGAACCUAUUCGUGUGCGGCGACUGCCGCAAGGGCGCCUCCCUGGUCGUCACCGCGAUCGCCGAGGGCCGUGACUGCGCGGCGCGCGUCGACACGUUCCUCAUGGGCAGCACCAGCCUGCCUCGCGCGGCGCCGCUGGCGGCGAACCCGUCCUUCUACCAGCUGCCCAACCGCGGCGAGACCGAGGUCGGCCUCGUGAAGAAGCGCAACCGCCGCAGGGCCAAGCACGGGAGCUACGAGGUGAGCGACGCCUUCGAGCGGGGCCUGCUCGUGGAGGCCACCGUGGAGGAGCCGGAGGCGGAGACGGCCCUGAGCGGCAGGGCCGCGGCGCCGGAGCACGAGGCCGCGGCAGCCGAGCAGGCAGAGCCGGCGCCGCCACAGGCCGCGGCGGCGGAGGGCGGAGCGCCGGCAGCCGUGGCCGCGCCAGCGCAGGCGCAGCCUCCUAUGUGGAUGGCGGCGGCCUUUGGCGGCAUGGCCACCCUGAACGUCAUUCUGGUGGCGGCGGUGGUCGCACUGGCGAUGAAGCCUCGAUCGUGACCUGCCGGGCGGUGGGGACGGGCCAAGUGAGCCAGGGGCAGAGGAAACGACACCAUGAAGUUGAAGCGGGGAUCCAAGGCUUCGUGGAAGGAGGGAGGCCUUCUGAAUUGCUCCCCCUGCCUCGCGAAUGCAGUGGAGUUUUUAUCGGAUCAAUUCCGCCCUGCUCCUUCGCGUACCCACGGGUGCAUGCAUGUAUAACAAAUCAUAAAGAGCUCUUCCGGUUGAUUCUUGCAACUCUUUGUGUCCAUAGACAGU